UCCCUGAAUGCAGCGCUCCCAGUGACCGGGCUUCCCUUCCGGUAGAUGAGGUCAACUUUUCCCCAGAUCCGCCAUUUCAGUCCCGGACUUUCUUGUUGCACAUUAGUUUAGAUUUUAGUUUUAUGUUGUUGUUUUAGGACCCACAGAGUCCAGAGUUAGACCUCGGGGAGCAGCAGAAGUCGGGGUAACUUCCACACAGGAACAAGAACUCGGAGAAGGUUCUGGAUCUGGAAUAAUAAAGAGUUUUUGGGGGCAGAGUUAGUCUACCAAAGUUUCUGUAUGAGUCGCGGAUAGGGAGAGGCGAAGGGGACAGGCCUCAAGCCUCGGGCAGGAUUUCACAGCCAUGGCGGGUAACUUUGAUGCCGAAGAUCGAGGGAGCUGGUACUGGGGCAGGCUGAGCCGUCAGGAGGCGGUUUCUCUCCUACAGGGGCAGAGGCAUGGGGUUUUCCUGGUGCGGGACUCGAUCACUAGCCCUGGAGACUACGUGCUGUCUGUGUCAGAGAACUCCAAAGUGUCCCAUUAUAUCAUCAACAGCAUCAGCAACAACCGGCAGUCUGGCUCAGGUUUGGCUCCCCCUCGGUUUAGGAUUGGGGACCAGGAGUUUGAGGCGCUUCCGGCCCUGCUGGAGUUUUAUAAGAUCCACUACCUGGACACCACCACACUAAUAGAGCCUAUAAACAAAGCCAAGCACACAGGGUUCAUCAGCGCCUCCGCUGGCGUCCCACAGCCGUCUGAGGAGGCCGAGUUUGUACGGGCGCUCUUUGACUUCCCGGGUAACGAUGAGGAGGACCUCCCCUUCCGCAGGGGGGACAUCCUGAGGGUUCUGGAGAAGCCCGAGGAUCAGUGGUGGAACGCUGCGAACCAGGAGGGCCGAGCAGGGAUGAUCCCAGUCCCUUAUGUGGAGAAAUACCGGCCUGCCUCGCCCACUGCUGCUGGCCUGGGUCCCCCUGCUGCUGGGACUGGACAAGGGGGGCUUGUUGGAGGGGUUCCGGGUAGUACAGAUGGAACGGGGGCCCCACAGGGUAACCCUCUGGGAGACCCAGGCCAGUACGCUCAGCCUGUGGUCAACGCUCAGCUGCCUAACCUACAAAACGGGCCGGUCUACGCCCGAGCCAUUCAGAAGAGGGUGCCUAAUGCCUACGACAAGACGGCGCUCGCUCUCGAGGUUGGAGACAAAGUGAAAGUGACCAAGAUCAACGUGAACGGCCAGUGGGAGGGCGAGUGCAAGGGCAAGAGAGGCCACUUCCCCUUCACCCACGUCCGCCUGUUGGAACAGCAGCAUCCUGACGAGGAGAGCUGAGGAACACACCUCCGCCUCCAGCACAUCCCGCUCUCUUUCUGUCUGUUUUUCAUGGGAAAGAUCUCAACAAGCACACAGUGUAUGGACCUAUGAGCCCGUCAGGAGCUCCUGACCAUGCAGAGACAUGUUGGAUGAAGAGAUUACACUAAGGUCAGACUGGUAUCAAUCAGUUAGCCUAUCUUAUCUUCAGAGUCAGAACAAAGCACAGUGCCUCUACUGGUUUCCUCCUCCACUACAGCCGCCAAGCCUGCAACUACAUAUAUCUUUGUUUUCUAAUAGAUAACAGCAUUUUAUUUUCCUUUGAUAUUUAUAAAUGCUACAUGUCAAAGUUUUAUAGAUCUGUCGUAUGGAGGCUGAAUUGUCAAAGGAACAAGUUAGCUCUGCUGAGUCAAGAGGAACACGUAGAACAACAUCUUCAAGAACUACAGAGGAUUUAAUGUCUCCUGACAGAGCAGGCAUAGAGGCAGGAUGCUGUUUCAGGUCGCCUUCCCACCAAACUUGAUUCAUUGAUCGGGUUUGCUCCAUUUCACCAGUUUCAAAGCUGGGAACUGGUCCAGUUCUUGUGCCACAGUUGUGUUUAAGCUGAACACAGGGUUUAAUCAUGAAUUCAACUCAAGUUAGCGUUAAAUUCAGUCUGUUGUUUGCACUAAAGGCUCGUUUAUACUUCUUCAGAAGUAUAAACCAGCCUUUAGUGCACCACAUAUUUGUGCGUCCGUGUCCGUGUCGUGCAGCAAUUCCCCGCCGAAACACUUGAGGGCAGUGUGGUCUCUCUGAUAGAUGGUCGCCUCCUUCCGGCCCCGCUACGAUCUUUACUUUUCCACAGAGAUUCAGAGCGUGUUCUGUUAAUCUACAGCUGAUGCAUGUUGCUGUUUAUCAUACAGACAUGAUUACAUGAAGUAUAGAGAGGAGGAGAUGAAAUACACGGAAUCCCGGAAGUGAUGUAAAUGCCGGAAAUUCAAUUUGGCCGAGCGGACCAAUCACAGAGUUUGCAGACUGCGUCAAUUCUACGCGUAGAAACAUUUUGGAGGAGGUGCACGUCAGCUACGUGCGUAGGCCGCGUGGAGUUACGCGGACCUCCGGCAAAGGCUAUGUCGUCGAUUCAACGUAGAAGUAUAAAUCAGGCUUAAAGGAACCAAACUGCAGAUGUAGAAUACCCCUUUUCAACCGAGGCAGUUUCAGGGCCGGUUCGGAGCCGGUGCUCAAUUGAGAUCCAUUUUUUCGUGUUUCGACUGCGAGUGAACCGGCUCCUGGUCGGGAAAACCGGUUCCAGAGCGGCUCCAACUCUUUGCUGGGCUAGAAUUGCGAACCGCUUACGUCAGGGGCGAGGUUGCCUUGAUGAAAAACACAAACCGAACGUGUUUCCGCCAUCGUCCUGCAGCGAAAAAAUCAAAGAGACUAAUGGAUUCCAAGGCAAAGCAGUGGUCGGCCGAGGAGGCAAGCUGCCGUUGUCCGCCAUUGUUGUUGUUGUGAGGGGAAGGUCGCGCUAGCGCUGCUGGGCAGUCACGUAAAUCUGACAUCAUGACGUGUUUCUUCCACGGGCUGGAGCGGGCGGAAAAACAAACGGGUGCCGUGUUGGUUCGCAAGUUCAACCAGCUUCAAACCAGCGUGAGCACCAGCCAGGAAAUACAACCUGGUUCACGUCGGUCGAAAAGAGGUAGAAGAGACCUCUGGGGCGGGAAGUUUGGGACUGCUUUUUGAUGCAUCAUCUUAAAGAAGUGGAUCAGUUUUAAAGAAGUGGAUCAGUUUUAAAGAAGUGGCUCAGUUUUAAAGAAGUGGAUCAGUUUUAAAGAAGUGGAUCAGAUUGAAAGAGGAUCAUUUUAAUAUCAUGGAAGACUUAAGACAGGAAGGAAACCGUCAAGUUAAAUAUUGGUAAAGUGUCAGUUUGAAUCCAGAACCAGCAGUAUUCAGCGCUGAUGACUGAUUAUCAGUCCAUCUGUAGUUUACAUGCCUCCAGCCCAGUAUUGAAGUCUGCUCUACUCACACACACACACAGACACACACACACACACACACACACACACACACACACACACACACACACACACACACACGCCACACACCACACACCACACAGAGCACAGAGUCUGGUCUUCCCUUCCAGUGGUAUCUGUGUAUCACCGCCCACUUCUUUUCAUUCAUACACAGACAAGAAAAAAAAAAUCGAUCACAGACAGGAGACCAAACACUCGGCUCCUCUCCCAGAAUCAUGACUCAGAGAGUUUCUGUAGAGCCAGACGGUGAACCUCGGAGUGAAAACAAGCAAAGACUUUUCCUCAAGACUCGGCCUGCUGGAGGACAAACACAGUCCUCCUCCUCCAACUUACCACACCCACACUACAAACCAAGCCCUCUUUUUUUUUUUGUACUAAAAGUGAUGAUUGACUAUAUCCACACACCUUACAUGCCAAAACAUUCUUUUAUUCUUGUCCUUUUUGUUACCAGAGACUGUACACGUGUUGUUUCUGUGCUCUUUUAAACACUACUCAGCAGCAGACUUGUUGUCUUCAGCUGCAGCAGAACAAACUCAGCAUCUGUACAAGGAGGGAGACAAAGAUCCUGAGGCUGUUUGUAGACGAGGAGAAAGGUGGAGGUUUUAUUUUUGGCAUCCAGCAGGUUCUUUAUGACGCUUUGAUCUGGAGAUAAAACCUGCCCUGGAACACUAGUGCUGCUGCGUUUGCAGAACCAAUAUGAUGUAACAUCUUGUCGAACAAGACGCCCAAAGCUGCUCAAGGUUUAUCGUUUCUUAUCAACAUUUUGGAACAUAUGCUACACACCUUUUUUUUAACACACUGAGCUUUAUUUGAAAGGAUUAUGAUACCAAUGCUCGUGUAGUGAUAACACCAUCAGUGAGCCUCUGUUGGUUCUUUUUGUUCUUUUUUAAAGUGGAUGCUGAGCACAUGAAGCCCUGAGGUCCGGCCCUCUUCAAGCCUUGUUCAAACACUUUUUAUUAGGGACACUGUGAUGCAUCAGUAUUGACCAAUAUCUUUGGAUGAUCUCCUUUAACACUCACACACACAUGGUCUUCUUUUCUCGAUGGGUGCCUUAAAGACAUCCAGCACGGUCACCCAGCCUGCUGAGCUUCAUAAUAAAACCAAACUACACAAUAAAGCACUCCAUUAAUCUUUGAAUUUUGCAUUCCUGAGCUGAAUGUCACAUUUAGACAUUGAAAGUUCGAAAUCAUCAAAACGUAGGCACAGCAAAUCAUUAAAUCGAGAUAUACACUACCAGUCAAAAGUUUGGACACACCUUCUCAUUCAAGGGUUUGCAUUUAUUUUAAUUAUUGUAAACACUGUAGAUUAAUACUGAAGACAUCAAAACUAUGAAAGAACAUAUAUGGAAUUAUUGAAUGAACAAAGAAGUGUUAAACAAAGCAGAAUAUGUUUUCUAUUUUAGAUUCUGUAAAGUAGCCCCCUUUUUCCUUCAUGACAGCUUUGCACACUCUUGGUAUUCUCUCAGUCUGCUUCAUGAAGUGGUCUCCUGGAAUGGUUUCUAAUUAACAUGAGCCUUGUCAAGAGUUCAUUUGUAGAAUGACUUGCCUUCUUAAUGUGUUUGAGACCAUCAGUUGUGUUGUUCAGAGGUAGGGUUAGAACACAAUGGAUAGCUUUAUUUGACUACUGUUGUAAUCCAGAUUAUGGUAAAACCAGAUUAUUUCAUAGUUUUGAUGUCUUCAAUAUUAAUAUACAUGUUGAAAUAAUUAAAAUAAUUAAAAACCAUUGAAUGAGAAGGUGUGUCCAAACUUUUGACUGGUAGUGUAUUUAGUCAUUAUAAUUCCUGUGGUGUUCAUGUGCCGGAUGAUAUCCCACCAAAUGUCAAAGAAAUGGAAGAAUCCUGUUUUUCUUUGCUGUUUUUUUCACAUUUUAAAAUUGAUGGAAGAAAAAAACCCAGAAGUGUUAAUGUGACACCAUUUAAGAGUGAGCCUGUGACUCUUCCUGUAACCAGGUUUAUAAAACAGGCGUAAGUGCAGUGUAUGUACAUUUGUACUAACAUACAUUUUUAUCCAGCACAUCCAUGAUAUCCUGAGAUGUAGUCUGAGUUUACAAAGUGUUGACAUUUCCCCCGUUUAUGUUAUUGGGACUCAAAUUUAGGGGAAUUAUUUUUUGUAUGCCACAUAAACGUCAUAUUUGUUUUACCUUGAUGUGUAUGUUGAGAAAGCUGAGCUACACCUAUAGGUCAUAUAAAGCCCUCUGUAUAUUCAUAAAUACUUGCAGUUAAUGUAAGUCCACAUUUUAAUUUGUAAUCUUAUGUUUUGAACAAAUAUUUCUAUUUUUAACUCGAUGUGAGAAUGUGUGGCUCAGACAGAUUUGUGUAACUGAGGGUGAUGGCAAGGCUGCAGCUGUGAACCGUGCUGAUGUUUUCAUGAUGUUUCAUUUGGUUAGUGAAAUGACAAAAGGGUGUAAAUGCUUAACAAUACUUCAGUGCCAAAAAUGACAUCUUCACACUGCUUUGUUUUUAAAUAAAAUAUCUGACACCCAAACGCUCGUGAUUUACCCUCAAAAGUGACAGAGAAACUCACAAAAUCUUUACAGAAGCUGUUAUAGAUUUCUGAAAAAUGAUGCAACACAUUAAUUGAUUAUGAAAAUGUUUUCAGCUUUAUUUCCUUUUGAUAAAAACUCUUAAAGUCAAUCCAACAGUUGUAAAGUGAGCUGAAAAUGUGUUCAAAUAUUUCCAAAAACAUCUUCAUGUGACGUUAAAAUGACCAGUUUUAUUAUUCAUGUAGACAUGCAUUAAAAACACACUCUAAUGUAUUGUGAGUCAUAGAUAUUGAAUUGUGACCAGUGUUUUCAGCCUUUAUGCAAAGUGUUUACGUCUUUCAGUCAGAUGUACAACAGUGAUUUGUUUUCUUUCCAGGUGAUAUCCUUUCAUAUGACAUGUUGAAUUAAAACUGUAACUCAGCUGUCUCACAGCAGCUAAAGACCAAUGAAUACUUUGUUUAUUUUCAUAAAUGCCACUGAUGAUGCCAAGAUGUGCACCUUAUCUCCCCCACAGCUCGAGAAAACUGCCCCUCCUUUCUUUGCAUUUUCCGUGUCUUUCUUUGUCGCUUACGUGCCAUUCUGCUACUUUGAGGAGCACCAGAUCAAGCCAAAAUAGGAUGUUUUUUUCUGAAGAGAGAUUGUACAAUGUGUCAAAGGUCUAUUAAAGCAAAUUAUUUGAAGUUGAAACUUUCCGUUUUUUACUUUCUGAAGCAUGUAUUGUGUUAAUAAUAUACCUGCUCAAUAAAACAUAUACCUAAUUGUCA